AUGAGUACAGAAAUGACAUUUGAAGAUUUAAAAAAAUACGACGGUACAGGCCCGGACAAUAGAAUACUCGUCGCUAUUAAAGGGAAUAUCUACGAUGUUUCGAAAGCGAGAAACUUUUAUGGUCCAGGAGGCAGUUACGCAGCUUUUGCAGGAAGAGAUGCUUCCAGAGGGUUAGCCACUUUCAAAGUAUCCGUUAGUGAUAACGAGUACGACGACUUGAGUGACCUAACUCCGAAAGAAAUCGAAUCGCUGACAAAAUGGGAAACGAAAUUCAAGGAAAAGUACAAUUUGGUUGGUAAAUUGGUCAAACUAAAUCCCGAUACUUAA